AUGGCAGCUGGCAAAGGCACAGGAAAGGGUGCCACGCUUUUUGUGGGUUCAUUGCCAAGAACGGCCACGCGCGAGUCCAUUGCGGCGUGCUUCAGGCAAUUUGGGGACGUGGUGGAUGUGCAACUGAAGUUGGCGGCGGAUGGCCUUUGCAAAGGCUUCGCAUUCGUGACCUUCAAGGAAGGGGACUCUGCAUUGCGCGUGUUGGACAACUACCAUCACAAUUCCUUGGAUGGCCAGUGGGUUGAUUGCCAAGUUGCAGGCAGCAAAGGCAAAGGAAGCGCGGUCGCGGACACCACGCCCGCGCGGCAAACGCUUGUCCGGAUCGUGAAAAGUGUUUUUGACCCGAAAGCUUUGGGCUGUGUCUCUUCAUAG